UUGGCGUGCACCUGACCAGGCGAUCGGCCUGCCUUCCCACUCUGGCGCUGGAUUGGUAAUCGCCCGCCAAAAUCGCCUCCCCUUGAUCUUAAAGUUAGAGGAUUUCACUUGUCGUCGUCCCCCUCUCAACCCACGAACAACCACCUACGACCUCGUACGUGACAUCAUCAGAAAUCCGUCAAAAUGGCCCGCCGUCCUGCGAGAUGCUACCGCUACUGCAAGAACAAGCCGUACCCUAAGUCGCGCUUCAACCGUGGUGUCCCCGACCCCAAGAUUCGCAUCUUCGAUCUUGGCCGCAAGCGCGCUACCGUCGAUGACUUCCCUCUCUGCAUCCACAUGGUCUCCAACGAGUAUGAGCAGCUGAGCUCUGAGGCCCUCGAGGCCGCCCGUAUUUGCGCCAACAAGUACCUCGUCAAGACCGCCGGUAAGGAGGGUUUCCACCUCCGCAUCCGCGUCCACCCUUACCACGUCGUCCGUAUCAACAAGAUGUUGUCUUGCGCUGGUGCCGAUAGACUUCAGACUGGUAUGCGUGGUGCCUGGGGUAAGCCCAACGGCACUGUCGCCCGUGUCAACAUCGGCCAGAUCAUCAUGUCUGUCCGUACUCGUGACUCCAACAAGGCUUUCGCCCUUGAGGCCCUCCGCCGCUCCCAGUACAAGUUCCCCGGUCGCCAAAAGAUCAUCAUCUCCAAGAACUGGGGUUUCACUCCCCUUCGUCGCGAGGAGUACCUCGAGAAGAAGGCUGCUGGCAAGCUCCUCAUCGAUGGUGCCUACGUCCAGUUCCUCGGCAACCGCGGCUCUCUCGAGCGCAACAUGAAGCGUUUCCCCGAGGCUUUCGCCACCGAGGCUUAAACGUCUGUCGCUGGGACAAAGAGUUGUUUCUGGGUUUAGGGUGGCGUCAACGGUCUUUUUUAGGGCUGAAAUGAGGGCAUGUUAGUAGCAUCAUGGUCUUGUUGGCACAGUCAAUAC